ACUGCUCAUCAUUAUCAAGGUAGACCAAUAGAAUCAGUAAAAUUACAUUUUCCAAGGAAGUCAAGAAAAUUGUCAACUAACAAUAACACCAUGGAAACCAACAAUGGUGCCAACAGUGACAAUGCUGCAGCUAGCUAUGAAGAAGCAAAGAAGUUGGCAGAUGAUAUUAUGGCCAAGAUCAAAUGUCGACCAGUGGUCGGAAUCAUUUGUGGAUCCGGACUGGGAGAGCUGGCCAACAUGGUGAAAGAUACAGAGAUUAUGGGAUACGAGGAAAUUCCUGGCUUUCCAGUCAGUACAGUGCCAGGACAUGCAGGAAAGUUAGUGUUUGGACAACUAGGGGGGAAAUCUGUCGUUCUGAUGAAAGGACGUGUACAUUUCUAUGAAGGUUUCACAAUGCAAAAGACUGCACUGCCUAUCAGGAUUAUGAAGUUGAUGGGGGUGAAGAUUCUAUUUGUAACUAAUGCAGCUGGAGGAAUUAAUCAGAAUUAUGAUAUUGGUGACCUAAUGAUUAUAAAGGACCACAUCAAUAUGCCUGGAUUUGCUGGAAUGAAUCCAUUACAUGGACAGAAUGAUGAAAGGUUUGGUCCUCGCUUUCCUGCCAUUUCAAAAGCAUACACCAAACGUCUUCGUGAUCACGCUAAAGAGACAGCCAAGACUCUUGGAUUCAAAGACUUCAAUAUCCAUGAGGGUGUUUACUGUAUGCUUGCUGGACCAUCGUUUGAGACUGUCACAGAGUGCAAAUUCCUCAGCAUGAUUGGAGUUGAUGUCACUGGUAUGAGUACAUGUCCGGAGGUGAUUGUAGCAGCCCAUUGUGGGAUGGAGGUGUUUGGAAUGUCUUUGGUCACUAAUAAAGCUGUGAUGCAGUAUGACUCUGAACAGAUCGCCAACCAUGAAGAAGUGCUUGAAACUGGGGCCUUACGAAGCAAGGAUUUACAGAAGCUUGUCGCAGCCAUGUUAGAGACUCUCCAGAUCUAAUCUUAUAGGUAAUGCAUAUUUAAUCCAACAGUGUUCAACAGCUGACAUCAAGGCCAAAUCAGGAAACAUGAAUCAAGAGGAACCAGCUUCUAAGAAGGAUGUUUUGUCAUUUAUCUUUUGGACCACUUGUGAGUAAUUGUUACAAUCCUGAACACAAGAUCAAUAGCAAUGAUUGAAGUCAAAACAAACAGCUGUCAUAAAGUUGUAAGUGGAUUUGAGGUAACAAAUGACAAAAUAAGUCAUCAGUUUAUGGGUAUAUAGUGUGAGAGGUAGAUUUCAAUAUUUCAUAACAAAUUUUGGACUGCUUUCAUCAGGUUUGUCCAGCAGUAUUUUACAAUUGUGUAAGUAUCAGUGAUGUUUAAAGAUCUAGAUCUUAAUGACCAAGGUAGAUGUAACUAAGACCCUAGUGGUUAUUUUGUGGUGUUCAAUUGAACAACCAUAUCUUCGUUUUUUGAUUUAAGAAAAUUAUGACUGUUUAAAUUAAAGUCUAGAAUUGUAUCCUUGUUUAUGAUAUAUUUGGUAUUUUAUUACAAUUAGUAUUACAUUUUACAUCUCCAAAUUGUUUUAUUUUAAACUUUACUCAAAAGACUGAGAUAGUUGCUUUUUUAUUGU